GGCCAAGUCGAGUGACUGACUGCAGCUGCACCCCUCCAACAGCCACCACAACCACCACAAUGGACGUCUCGCAGCAGCUGGCAGAGUACGAGGCAUCAAAAACGAUCGACACGCUUGCGCGCGCGACGCCGGUCGAGCUCGACACGGGCCUGCUCGCCGCGUACGACACGGUGCCGGUCGACGCAGACGAGUACAAGGCGCUCGACCCGCACCUGCUCGCGUUGACGCUCACGUCGACUCAGGCGCUCGUCGCCGGCCUGUUCAACCUGCCGACCAUCAAGUCGGAGAACGGACCGAUCGCUCAGCUCCCCGAGCCAGUGUUUGUGCUCCCCCGCGAGAAGCCGCUCCCCAAGCCCAAGCCGCUCACCAAGUGGGAGCGCUUCGCCAACGAGAAGGGCAUCUCGCACUCCAAGAAGGACAAGAAGGUCUGGGACGAGGAGCGCCAGGAGUGGGUCAACCGCUGGGGCUUUGGCGGCAAGAACAGGGAUGGCGAGGGCCAGUGGCUGCAUGAGUUGAAGGCGGGCGAUGACGGAUCCGUCGACCCCCGCGCUACUGCCCGUGCCGAGCGCAAGGCCCGCGUGGCCAAGAACGAGCGGCAACACGCGCGCAACGUCGCCGAGGCGGCUGCCGGCGGCCCCUCGCCCCUGUCGGCACUCAACCGCAAGCCGCAGUCGGCCGACGCGUCGCAGUCGGAGAAGAAGACGGCGCGCAGCGUGCGCAAGGCCGAGCUCGAGCGCAGCAUGCUGGUCAGCAAGACCUCCACGGCGUCGCUCGGCCGCUUCGACAACAAGAUUGAGGGCGAGCCGCGCGCCAAGGGCAUCAAGCGCAAGUUUGAGUCGACGGUGGGCGACUUCAAGGCCGAGAAGGACAGCGCCAUGACGCUGCUCGGCAAGAUUGGCGUCGCGGAGGGCAAGAAGGCGCCCAAGAAGGGCGGCUCGGGCGUGGCGGGCGGCGUCAACGUGCGCAAGGCUAUCCGCCACGAGGAGCGCGCCGUGCAGCGCGCCAACUCGAUGCAGAACCGCGGUGGGCGGGGCGGUGGCCGCGGUGGUGGCCGCGGUGGACGUGGCGGCAGAAAGUAGCGGGGAGGUUGAGUGGCGGAGGAAGGGGCGAGUGGUGGCACGGAGCGAUCGCUCGCGCGACACAUCGCGGGGCAUACCAUGUAUGUAUUUCAUUCUAGAUG